CGUGACGUAACAACAGACGUGGCACGCUGUGGUCACAUGACCCCCGUGGUCGAUGACGCGGUUCCAGCUGAGCAUGCAAGGAAGCGGAGAGCCUGCUUACGCCUCAACAUGCUAACGGACGAUACCAACGAUGAAGACGUGUCUCUGUUCGACGCAGAGGAGGAUGCUGGGAAAAAGUCAAAGAAGAGCAUCAAGCAUCCGCUGGCCUCCUUCUUCCACCUCUUCUUCAGAGUCAGUGCUGUCCUCGUGUAUCUGCUGUGUGGGAUUUUCAGUAGCAGUUUCAUCGCCUGCAUGGUCACAAUCAUCCUGCUGCUCUCCUGUGACUUCUGGACAGUAAAAAACAUCACCGGGAGGUUGAUGGUGGGUCUGAGGUGGUGGAACCAGGUGGACGACGAUGGACGCAGCCACUGGGUGUUUGAGGCCAGGAAGGGUGCUGGGAAGCAACAAGCGUCAGAUUCUGAGUCUCGAAUCUUCUGGAUCGGGCUGAUUGUUUGUCCGGUCCUCUGGGUCGUCUUUGCCUUCAGCACUCUGUUUUCCCUCAAGAUCAAGUGGGUGCCGGUGGUCAUCAUGGGCGUCGUGCUGCAAGGAGCCAACCUCUACGGCUACGUGCGCUGUAAAGUGGGAGGCAAGACCAGCUUGAAGAACAUGGCCACCAAUUAUUUUGGACGACAGUUCCUGAAGCAGGCGAUGUCUAAAGAAGAGGAAUCGUAGAGGGCAACUCCGCGAUUUUAACACGUUUCGCAUUAUUCUUAAUGCUAUUAUAUAUUAUUUUAGUGAGUUAAUAUAUAUAGAGAAAUCCUUUUUCCACAAUAACAUAAACUUAUCUGUUGUUGUUAUUUUUGGGUUGUUUUUCCUGUGUGACUCAGUGGAGAGCCUUUGUUUUCCAAAGAGACGUCCAGGAGCUGUUUCCAAUAACUGCAGCGCAGCAAUAAAACCCUCAGAAGUCGACUGAUACUUUAGCGUAAAUGCACGAGUGAAAAAGAGUGUAAUGGCUUAAAAAGUUAUGCUGACUGUAGUAGGACGUGUUGUGUAGCCCCACUGCUCCCCAAAGUAUCUCACUAAGUUUCUCUGCUUCUUUACUUUAAUUAUUACUAAAGGAAAAAAAUGUUUCUUGAAGGUGUGUGUGCAAACAUUUUUGUUUGUAUUAAAGAACAGGUUGUAGUUUGUGUAAAAUGUUCCAUGAGCUUGUAAAUAUGUACGUAAAAGAAUCUGUGGCACAUCUUGUUUUUGUGCAAAUACAUUUGUAACAUUUUUGCUGAA